GAACCAGUACAGGAGGCUCUACUCGCUGCCAUGGCUGCCCAGUAACUAGGUAGUAAGACGAACCAACCAACCAACCCAUGACCUGAAAAAAGAACCACAAACACAAAAUUACCUUCUUGGAAAAAUAUUUGGUUGGGCGGUUCAUGAGUUGGCGCUGAAUUCUUGUGGGAAAGGAGGCAGCUACAGCAGGUAGUAGAAGCAAGAAUGGGGGUUGAUCUGGAGUCGUUGUCGGACGCCACUUCAGGAGCCAUAGCUGCUCUCGUCAGCACGACAGUGUUGUACCCUCUCGACACCUGCAAGACCAAAUUCCAAGCCGAGCUCCGAGCUCGCCACCAGCGCAAGUACAGAAACGUUGCUGAUGUGUUUUGGGAGGCGGUGCGUACCCGUAAGGUUCUUUCAUUGUACCAAGGGCUUGGGACGAAGAAUUGGCAGGCAUUCAUUUCCUCCUUUUUGUAUUUCUAUGGCUACACUUUCUUCAAGAGGCUCUACUUGGAGAAAACUGGCAAGAUAGCCAUGGGGCCAAAGGCUAAUUUAGUGAUUGCUGCUGCUGCUGGGGCUUAUGCUGUGGCAUUGACCAUGCCUUUGGAUACAGCAGCUUCUAGGAUGCAAACCUCUGAAUUUGGUAAAUCGAAGGGAUUCUGGAAAACCCUUUCGGAGGGGACUUGGGCUGAAGCGUUUGAUGGACUUGGGAUAUCAUUGCUUCUCACUUCCAACCCUGCGAUCCAGUACACUGUAUUUGAUCAGUUGAAGCAAAGGCUAUUAAAGCAGAAGCUCAAUGAGAGAUCAGUUGCUGCAGAUGCAUCUCCUGAGACGCUUUCUGCCUUCACUGCUUUUGUACUUGGCGCUGGUGCUAAGUGUAUUGCCACCACCUUCACCUACCCUGCAAUUAGGUGCAAAGUGAUGCUUCAGGCUGCAGAAUCAGAUGAGAACGGAACUGCAGAGGUUCUACCAAAAGACAAGAGAACAAUCUCAGGCGCCACAAGUGCCAUCUGGAAACGAGAAGGUUUGUCGGGUUUCUUCAAAGGAUUGCUAGCACAGCAUGUGAAGACAAUACUUAGUUCUGCACUGCUGCUGAUGGUCAAAGAGAAGAUCACAAAGACAACAUGGAUCCUUAUAUUGGCACUCAGGAAGUACCUGUUCAUCCAACACACCAGCAUAAAGAAGGCUUGAUUGCAGUUUUACCUGGCUAAUUUGCAUUUGUUGUGGCUGCCAUCUUGCAGUUUGUUAUUGAGGGCAUUAGUCAGUUGUGACAAGUUACUAUAUAUGUCUCAUUAAUCUUGUUCCGAACUCUUCACAUCCAUAAUACAAAAGAUGCAUAUUU